ACUGCAGAGGUUACAGAUAAUUUAAUCGUGUUUAUGUUUCUUUUCUUACAGAGUUGUCUUUAUCCCCAAAACCACCACACUGUUUUCACUUCGUCCUGUGGAUCAUCGGGAUGAAUGACUCUUCACCACUGACUCAUGAGUAAGAAGCCAGUCCAAAGCUCAGACGCUCCUUUAUCUGAGUGUGGAGCAGAAUGUGGCUGUUGACAGAAGCGCGAGGUGGAGCGGAGGAUUGUGGAGUAACACACCCUAGUGGAGCAUCACUCACCUGACGGAGACGCGCUGUACCAGGGACCAGGCACAAGGCACCAGCCUCACAGCCCAGAGCACACGAGCGCACCACCACUACAGCAGGUGACACGGUGAGGGCCACUUAAGUGCAAAUGGUGCAAGGAGCAUAAUUCAGUGACCUAUUACUGUCUACCCCACAUUAACCACAGGGAGGACAGUAUUGCUGACACAGAAGAAGAAAAUUACUGUGAAUGCAACAAAGCACCCAUUAGUCCUGAUAAAUUACCCUUAGCCUAAUUUAAGAUGUUGAAUAGCUCAUUAGGAAGAUUGAUCAAUAGAGUGGGAAAUUGCUCCAAAAUCUGAUUAUGUGAAAGUUUAGAAGGAGUGGAGGCUGUAGGUGGAGUACUGUAGAUUCCACAUUUGAAAAUAAUUUACCUUUAAAGUGAAGUGUACUGUAUUGUUCUUCAUUCACAUAAUUUUAUAAACAUGACCUUUUCCAAAGUGCUGCACAGACAAAUUAAGUUCAUAAAAGAGAGUAAAUCAGAAAUAAAAACAACAAAUAAAAAGGAUUAAAAAGUAAUUUAUGUAUUAAACUCAAGGCCAUUUGACUAAUAAUUUUUAAGAUCCUCUCCUUUGUAAUUUCUCGCUACGGUGCUGUAUAAUGUAACCUGUAGACAUGACUGACAACGCAGACACCCCAACCAACAUCUCCCUUAGCCCCAGUGUGAGUGAAUCUCUGGAGUACAAGACUGUGUCCGUGUUUCUGGUCCUGCUGGUAUGUGGUGUAGGCAUAGUGGGGAACAUUAUGGUUGUCAUGGUAGUCUUCACCACCCGCCACAUGAGGACCCCCACAAACUGUUACUUGGUGAGCCUGGCCAUAGCGGACCUCACGGUGCUGGUGGCGGCCGGAUUGCCCAACGUGGCGGACAGUCUGACGGGGACGUGGGUGUUUGGACACGCUGGCUGUUUGGGCAUCACCUACCUGCAGUAUCUGGGGAUUAAUGUGUCAUCAUGCUCCAUCACUGCGUUCACUGUGGAGAGAUACAUUGCCAUCUGCCACCCCAUAAAGGCUCAGACCGUGUGCACUGUAUCGCGGGCCAAGAAGAUCAUAGCGGGUGUCUGGAUCUUCACCUGUAUCUACUGCAUGUUGUGGUUCUUCCUGGUGGACAUUCAGGUGGGUCAGGACGGACACGUGCAGUGUGGCUACAGGGUGAAGCGCGACCUCUAUCUGCCCAUCUACCUCAUCGACUUUGCCAUUUUCUACGUCAUCCCUUUGCUGCUGGCCAUUGUGCUUUACGGUCUGAUAGCACGCAUCCUCUACCUCAGCUCCCUGCCCAAUCACCCUGAUGCCAGUGCCACCACCCUGCGCCGCAGCUGUAGAGAGGGUCCCGACAGCAGCGGGGGCAAAGGGGGGCGUCCCAUCCGCUCUGGGCACUCUUCCAGGAAACAGGUGACUAAGAUGCUGGCUGUUGUGGUGAUCCUCUUUGCACUGCUGUGGAUGCCCUACCGGACUUUAGUUCUGAUCAACUCCUUUGUGUCCACUCCUUAUUUGGACGCCUGGUUCCUGCUCUUCUGCCGAACCUGCAUCUACGCCAACAGUGCCAUCAACCCAGUCAUCUACAAUGCCAUGUCUCAGAAGUUUCGCUCAGCCUUCCGGGGGCUGUACCGCUGCCAGAGGCCAGAGGGCGCUCAUCGGACCAUGUCAAUGAUACAGAGUGGGUUUGGCACAGUUAGAGACACGAGGAGCUCCCAGCCCAAUGAUGGAGACACAGGAAAGAUCAAAAAGCAUCUGGAGAUAAGUCAGCACCACAAUGGUAGUGGUCAUAGUCAGAUUGUAGUUAAUGGAACAAAAGCAGGACAUGAUGGGCCCCCAAUGGCAUUCACUUUUGACACUCUGCCCCCAGUGGAGAAUGAGGAGAAGACGCCUUUGGCAGGGGACAACACAGUGACAUUUUCAAGCACACUCAUAACAAAUGAGCAGCACAAAAUGACAAAAAUGUGACGCAUUCAUACCACAUGUUUUAAUGUAGGUCUUAUAUGUUAUUUUACAUUGUCCAGUGUAAUUCAGUAGCAUAGCUGACAUAGUGUAGCUUUGUGGUAUAGAGCUUAAAGUCCACAGCAAUGAUCUCAAGAAUUCUACAACAUUCAUAGACACAUCACUGACCUCCGUAAUGAACACAUGGCCUAACCUAAUCACUGCCAAUGGUUUGAUGUUUAGCUUGACCAAAGGAGGACAGUUCUUACUUACUAUGGUCAGUUAUAGUUGUGCUUAGAAAUGUAAUUUACAAAUAAUUUAUUGAGUUUUAGAUGGACUAUGGCUCCUGCAAAUAUUAAUCCUCUUUGAGGAGAAUGGAGGUUUUAUAGCUUAAUUAGUAACUUUUAGACAUAAGCACAUGCACUAUAAUCUUUAUAAGUUACAAAUUAUAUUUGUCCAGUCCAAAUGACAUCCUGCAAAGAUGUGCUGUUUCAGCUGAUGGUGUGGACAAUGUCCUGUCCCUCAGUGAGCUCAGAGCUGUGGGCAGAGGCAGAGACAGACAUGGCCCACACUCUGGGGCAUAUGGACAGAGGCUUUGAGCUUUCUUCUGUAGAAAGACAUUUAUAACACACAUCUGUGUACAGUGUACAUCAUGUACGUAGUGAUUUCUAUCUUUACUGUGAAAUGCUAAUUACCAGUUUCAUGUUCAUAGAUUCUUCUUGAUGCAUGCACCUUGACAACUGUGCUUUUAACUUGUGCUCUAGUGAGAGAAUCUUGGGUAGAAAAAGCGUACAGUAUUAUAUAUAGUUUAGUACAUGAAGUGCCGCUGGUUUGUAGGUUUCUUUGUUUUGGUUUUUGUAUGCAUACCAAUGUAUAUUGAGUAAUUUGAAGGAACUGUGCAGGUGUAAGGACCCUGUCCUGUAAGUCAGCUGACCCUUUAAACUCUGACAUCCCAAGAACAACACAUGAAGUAUGUGGUUUGAAUGUGAUUUACUUUUUGUA